AGUUGUGUCUUUCAUGCAACGUUUCAAUUUUUAUUUUCAAAGGUGAUUUGUUUUAAGAAGUAUUUUUUUUUAAUAUGUAUAUUUCUAACUUUCGUUUGCGGAAGUGAAUUUUUAAAUGUAAAGUCUUCCGUAGACUCAUCGCAACAAUGUGAUAGCAAAUCAAAUUCUACUACUUUCUCAAAUUCUACAAUAGAGUCGGCGCAAAAAAGUAAUGAAAAUCGGAAUAUAUUGAAAGCCUAUGAGUCAUCAUUCCCCAACGAUACAUUAAGACAAUAUCACGAUGAUAACGCACAUCCCUUGAGACUAUCUAGAAGCCUAGAAGCUAAAUUGGGAACUUUAAAGCACCACGUAUUCAUCUUAAAGCCAUAUAGGGGUUCAAAGUACAGAGCUUACUGCGCUGGCAGCAUCAUCACAAUUUGGCGGGUGAUCACAUCAGCAGAGUGCUUUUACACAAAUAGAAAAAAAUUGAGACAUGACCUGAGCAAACUCAGAUUGGUAGCCGGUUUGCUGGUUACCGUUCAAGACUCAUUCGGAGCCCCUAAAGAGCAACAGUGGAAGAGUCCAACGCAUGUUUUCUCGCAAAAAUUCUACAGAGUGCCGGCUUUUAGCCUCGCGAUUGUCCAAGUAGACACAGCGUGGGAGUUCAACCAGUUUGUGGAUAAAAUCCCGUUUGCCACGCAAACUCUCGACUAUGAUGGCGUCUGUACGGGCACGGUGGUCAAAAUUACUAAAAGCUGGGCUUUAAAAAAGUACCUAUUUACUGAGCAACGCAAAAUUAUUCCACGUCAAAGGUGUGAACGGAUGCUACUGCGCACGUGUAGGCUCUAUAUAUGUACAAUAGCUGAGGGCGUGACCGCAGAAUCUGAUAUAGUGGGAGGCGGCCUAGUGUGUUUCGACACUGGUGCCAAGGAGGAACACCCUACCGAAGGCAUCUUGGUCGGCGUGACGGUCCUCAUCAACAUUGGCAAUUUACCAUCCUUGAAUCAUCGGAUCGCGAUGUUCAACAGAUGGGUGAUCGACGGCGCCACUCCCCCUAUAACACUGAGUCCAUCGAUUCUUACUUUAUGGUUUAUAAAAUUUUUGACAUAAAA